AUGUCUUCUUCGACAAAAUUUUCUAUGAUCAAUAUCCUAUUUCUCUUCCAUGUCGUAGCAGCAGGUUACCACUCUACAACAUUCACUAUUGUCAACAGUUGCAACCUCACAGUUUUUCCCGGUAUUUUCCACGGCGGCAGCUCAUCACUGCCCUCUACUGCUGGCUUUUCCCUUCACCCUGGCGAGUCCAAUGUCCUCACCAUGCCUCAUUCCUGGUCAGGACGUUUAUGGGGGAGAACUCAUUGCUCCCACUACUCCAAUGGAAACUUCUCCUGCCUCACCGGCGGCGGCGGUGACUGUGCUUCCUCAACCAUGGAAUGUAACUCUUCCUCACCAGUUACACUUGCAGAGUUCAAUCUAAAUGCCAAAUCCAGUGGAUUUGAUUUCUUCCGCAUCAGCUUGGUUAAUGGUUACAAUCUCCCAAUGAUGGUUGAGCCUCAAGUCGGAAACGGCUCUGGCAAUUGCACGACGACGGGCUGUAUGGUACCAUUGGGCACAGUGUGUCCAUCGCAGCUUAAAGUGAUGAGUGGAGGAGAUUGCAUAGGGUGUAGAAGUGCGUGCAAACCAUUUUCUAAGCACUGCUCCUCGGAGUUCUUCGCAAAGGCAUGUCCUCACGCCAAAGUCGAUGCCACCACUAAAACCUUUCAGAGUGUUUGUGCAACUACUGAUUACUUCAUCACUUUUUGCCCUACCUCCACAAGGAUCAAGCCGAGCAAAGAGGACAACUCAGAGGAUCAAAAGAAAGGGUCAACCAUAGACAAAAUUGUCAACUUUUGUAAACAAAAUAUAAAACUACUGGGCAUUGUUGGUGGUAGUGUUGGUGUGGUUGCCAUUGUGAUAACCAUCACAAUUUCCUGUGCCUGUACCAAACAUGGUUGCAAUUGCAUCUUCGGCUUGAGCGCAGAAAUCAAAUCCAAAUUUCCUAGUCAUCUAUUCACAAAGAUUAAAGGAUUAUUCUCCGCAGCUGGGUGCAGUGGAAAUCCGAACAUUAUUAGUUAA